GUCCGCAGGGCGCAGGGCGCCGCGUGGCCCGGCCCCGCGUUAGGGUUAGGGAGCAGGAUUCGGCUUCCCGGCGGCAGAGGGCGCCUGGCGCCGAAGUCCCGCGCCCCGGAGCCGCCCGCGAGGCGCGAGCAGAGGCGAGGCGGGCGAGCGGCGGCCCCUGCCACGUACCCGGCCGUGCGCGGCGGCGGCAGAAAUAACUCAGGUCACCCUGACUGGAAAUCAGUUGACUGACCUCAGCAAAGCAGUGGUUCCUGAAUUUGAAGAAAAGAGGUCUCCUGCGUGGACGGAGGAGUGUGGCCCUUUCUGAAGAAAUCCUCCCAGCAUCCUCUAUCAAAGAUGCGUCAGCUCAAAGGGAAGCCAAAGAAAGAGACAUCCAAGGACAAGAAGGAGCGGAAGCAGGCCAUGCAGGAGGCCCGGCAGCAGAUCACCACUGUGGUGCUGCCUACCUUGGCUGUAGUGGUGCUCCUCAUUGUAGUGUUUGUGUAUGUGGCCACGCGCCCCGCCGUCACCGAGUGAGCACCUCCAUUCUAGCUUUCCCUGCAGAGAUGUCCACAAUGCCAAGCUCUGAGCAGGAGUGCCCUGUCUCCUCUGGUCUUUGACUUGAUCAACAUUUCUCUACUUUUGGGAGGGAGGGAAUAGGGAACAUUUUAUCAGCGAAUGUGCCAUUUACCUGAUGGUCCACUUCAUGUGCCUUUCAGACUUCAAAGCAGUGUGUGUGUGUGUGUGUGUGUGUGUGUCCCUUUUCCUCCUGAAAUCAAUGCAUAGCUGCACCUGGGGAGAGCAUCUCCAGGUGAUGCUGUUGGGAUGAGCCGCCCUCCUGUCCAGCAGCAUGCUUCCCUGCCCCCGUUCACAACUUUCUAAGGGGACAGCCUUUCUUCUCUGUGCUUGAUGGGAUUUGAAAUAUGGUGAUUCAAAGUGAAAUAUUUAUUUUUUGAAUAAAGGAGAUAAUAGUCUUAAACUGA